UCUGGCCUUAAGAAUAAUGGCUAAAUAUAAUAAUGGAAGAUAAAUUUUUCAAGAUUUGCGUACUUGAGAGCAGAAACGUGGCAGGCGGAUAAUUUCGAUGAACGCGACAACAGCAAUUCAACUGUAAUGGAGAACUGUUGAAUUCCGAAUGAAGGAAUAUUCUGCACUGUGUCAGCAUCCCCACGGCACGGUUUGUAAGCAUUUGAUGCCAAGUUAAUUACAUGUGGCAAUGGCGUUGGCAUUUUAUGCGAAUGGUAGAAUAAGUAUUUUUCUUCGGAGGAGAGGAAAUUGAAAAAUAAAAAAUAGGUUGGAUUGAGAUUCUGCAGAGGCAGCCAUUGAAUUUAACGGUCUAAGUCGAAGGAAAAGCAGAAGCAUAUCCUGAGUAUGUGCUGAAGCGAAAAUGGGACGUUAUUUUUGCAUUGCAUCUGUUAGGGUUAGAACGUGGUUUUUCCUCAGGCUCUGCAAGGAAGAAUUUCUGAUAAUUUUUUUUCAAUUUGGAUUGAUAUCGUGAAAUUUGAGGUGGAUUUUUUGUGAAUAUGAUGACUAUGUCGGAGGUGAGGUGUGCGGCUCCCUUUGGUAUGACGGAGACGGAUAAUUUGGCGAAAGAAGAUGGGAAUUUUGUUCGGGUGAAGUUUCUGUGCAGUUUUGGUGGCUCGAUUCUUCCCAGGCCCUCCGAUGGGAAGCUCCGCUAUGCAGGCGGUGAGACGAGGAUUGUUUGUGUUAGUAGGGAUGUUAAUUACCGGGAAUUGAUGGCGAAAUUGAGGGAGUUGUAUGAGCAGGAAACCCUAAGUUUGAAAUAUCAGCAGCCUGAUGAUGAUCUUGAUGCGCUUGUUUCCGUUCUGUCUGACGAGGAUGUCUGUCAUAUGAUGGAGGAGUAUGACAGGCUUGAGGCCAGUGAUGGUGUCUGCAGCAGGCUCCGAUUGUUUCUGUUUGCGGCUGCAGAUCAGCAGCAGCAGCAGAAUUUAAUGUCAAUUGAGGGGAAUGAUGAGAGAGACUGCGAGCAGAGGUAUGUUGAGGCCUUGAAUUCUGUGGUUGAGAUGAAUAGGCAGCAAUUUGAAAACAAUUAUAUUAGUAUCAGUAAUAGCAACAACAGUUAUAAUAGGAGUAAUAGGAAUAAUGAGAAUGUGAAUAGUAGCAGUAGUAGUAGUAAUAAUAAUAACAACAAUAAUUCACUAGUAGCUGGGAAUGGAAGUGAAGCUGGGAUUGCACAGCAUGUGUCUGUGGCUUUGCCUGUGUCUCUGAUGAAACCCUUUUCUAAGGGUGGAGGAUCGGCUACAUCAUCGCCGCCACCGUCAUCGCCUUCUCAUCAUCAUCCUCAUCAUCAUAAGCCGGUGUCUGCUGCUGAUCAGUAUUAUCAAAAACAGACUCCUCAUCAGCACAAUCACUAUGUGCAUAGCAGUAAUUUAGUCCAGCAUGACCAGUAUUCUGAUAUGCAAGGGCAAUCCCAUCAGUAUUUGUCCUAUUCCGAGGUGCAAGGGCAUGAAUAUUUGCCAAUGGGGCAAGCUGAAUUCAACAGGAAUAAUCAAUAUGUAAAUCAUCAUCAUAUGGCCUUGAACGAAUCAUUUCAGAACAUCCAGGGGCCUGAAUUAAGUCCCAGGGGACAGCCCGAGCUCAGUGGUCAUCAUCAUCAUCAUCAUCAUUACCACCAUCACGAGCAUGUGCCUCAACGGAAUGAAACUUAUCGGGAAGUCACUGCAGUGUCUGCAGUUGAAAUUCCUUCAAAAGGGCAAAUUGGCAUUGAUGGCCAUCGUCUGCAUUUGUCACAUCGAGUUGAGUCUUGUCCGGAAAUUCCAGUGGCAUCUGUGGCUGAGAUUCCAUUUAAAGGGCAGUCUGAGGUUGGCAGUUAUCAUCAGCACUUGCCCCAUCCACAUGAAAACAAGCAGGAUGUUGGGGUUGAAAUUCCAUUCCAAUUGCAACCUGAUGUUGGAUAUCAUCAGCAGCACUUAUCCCACUUGCAAUCUGAUUCAGGCAGCCAUCCGCAACAUGUUUUAACUAAUAUUGCAACUCCACUGCGGGAAACUAUUGGGUUGCCUGGGGUUGAAUCUCCUUUGAAAGGGCAGUCCAAUAUUGGCAGCGGGCUUCAUUCUGGAUUUGUGAAUGGCAGAGAUUACAAACAAAUUAUGGCAGAUACAUAUGUACCACAUGUUGAAUCUCAAGACAAUUUGCACCAGUCAGAGCAGCAUCAUAUUAAUGUUAAAUCUGAGGUUGCUGCUAGUAAUCCUAGUAUGCUCGACCGUGAGAGAAUAUAUAAUAUUCCAUCACACCAGAGUGAUUUGCAUUCUCCAACCUAUUCUUGGCAGCAUGAAAUGCCACUUGCAUAUCAUCAGGCUGCUCAAAACAUUUCUGAUGAGAUUUAUCAUGAUCAAGAACAUAACUCCAGCAAGCAUCACUAUGAAGUUGGCUGGUCAGAUUCAGUACAAAGAGGGGCAUUUUUGCAUCCUAUUGGCAGGCGUUCAGAGCAACUUCAACAUUUACAGAAUGAUAAUACAUUGCAUCAAGUUGCAUUCAAUAGUUAUGAUUAUGUGUACAGAGAUCACCACGAAAUUGUCCACUCAAAUUUGCUGCAGAAUAAUGCAUUUUCACGUUCUAUGGUUGGGCAAGUAGAGAAACAAAUUUUGCAGAAUGAUAUUGAGAUGGAGAGACCUUGGAAUCCGUCAUAUUAUACCUCAGGCCCACAACUUUCUCAUGAUUUUAGCCAUAUAUCGCAUCCAUCAAAUGUUUUGGAUUUUCAUUUGGCUUCUGCAUCCACCGUGCCUGAGGCAAAUUCUAGCAAUCACCACGAGAGGUAUUUGCAAAACCAUCAUAAUUCGCAGGUUCCUUGGGCUUGUGAUGAAUAUGGAAACCCAGUAGAGUACAUUAGCAACCAACCAAUGGGAAAUUUAGCACCCUUGGAUUCUCUCCCAAGCUCCAACAGGUAUAUACCCGGUGAGAACCAUGUAACUUGGCAUCGCCAGCCUUAUUUUGUAGAGAAGGAUGCAAGAUUUCCAGGGCAAAAUCUGAGUCACCAGCAGAAAGCAUUUGAAGGUAACUCUUCCUCUCAACAACAAUAUGCUGUAGUACAGUCAAGGCAAAACAUUUCUGAGGUUUGGGUCCCACAUUCAUAUUCAGAGCAAUCGCUGCUUUAUCCAGGUCAAAAUGGAUUAGACAAGGAUUUAAAUAAGAGAGUGGAUCAAAGCAUGUAUUCCACACAGCAGCCUGAUCAACUAGUCACUUUUCAGGAGGGGCAAGAAAAAGUGAAGGAAAGGGUUAUGCAUCCCGUGAAUGACCAAGUAGAAAUGCUGAUGGAUGGGAAGGCAAAUGGUGUUUACGAACUGGAGGAAAGUAUGCAUGAUAGCAUCGAACAAAGCAACCUCUGGGAUCAUUACCCAAGGGGCUAUUAUGGCUUGCAUCCAGAUGAUGCUUACAACAUUACAGAAGUCGAAGAUUUCCACAAGCAGGUCAUUUCCGACCAGUAUGAAACUCAAAUAGACAAAGCUCCUCCUGCAGUAUCUGUAGCUGUGCAUGGAAAAUUUGUGGACAUGCAUGGCAAAGAUAAUGUUGUACAGGAUGUGAGGGCACCUGAUUCGGGAAAUGUUUCACAGAACAAGCUAAGCUAUACGGUUAUUGAAAGUCAUUUGAAUGACAGCUUCAGAAUUGAUGUGCAGCCAAAUAAUGGGCAAGGGAUCGGGUUUUACAAUGAUGGAAAAGACGAGAGUGCAGAUCCUGUCCUUGGUAAGAGAUAUAACCAAGAUAUUGAAAGGAUGGGGCAUGUUUAUAUAUCACAUGGAAUGAAUACUUCAAAUGUAACAAAUUUUCCUGAUGGUAAGCGAAGUGAUGUUACUGUAAAGAUAUCAAAUAUUUCUGACAGCAGCAGUAAUCACCUUAUAGAAUCUCAUGCCACAAGUGAAAUUGAGGACCUUAAGUUCCUUGCCAGAGAGCCUGUCAAGAGGCAUGCAAGUUUCCAGUGUGAAACGGACAUCACAUGUGUAUCUAAUGUUUUGGAAACUUCAGAAGACAGCCAAAUUCUUUCUAGUAGUGAUUUUUCGCAUGCUAUAAAUUCACCGGUUGCUUUUGUACAUGAUCAACCUGCCCUGUCAAGAUCAUCUGCAAUUUUUCCAUCUGCAUCAUCUUCUUCACCCCAAAGAAUAAUUGACUUAGCUUCUACCACUCCUCCAAUAUAUGAUCAAAGUCCUGCAAAUAGCACCAAUGUGGCUUUGCCAGAGAACUUGUUGUCAGAAACUGAAGAAGGGAGAAAAUCUAGCGAGUUGGAUAAAAAUAUCAUCUUGGGAAACAUAAGAAUGAUGUCUAUUAAAGCACAGCUGGAAAUGGAGCACAAUUUAAAAGACCCUGAACUACCCAAGCAAGAUGAAGAUGCAGAUAACAGGAUGAACGAGAACUGCAUGAAUAUUGAAAAGAAAGCAGAUUGUUUGAUUAUAUCCAGACCCAUGGAUUUGCCGUUGCACAGUCCAAGCAUACCACAUUCAAAGGUAUCAUCAGCAUCUAAGAUAUUGGAUAAGCAACAUUCUGUUGGAAAUGAAAAAGAAGCAAUAACAGAAGUUGAUUAUAAGGAAGUAAAAGAUGAAGAUAUGUUUCCUACUUCAGAUGUUGAAGAAAACAUACCAAAACAAGAAGUUACUGAGAAUAAUUCUUUGGAAUUAGUUAAAGGUGGUGACUCAGAUUCAGCAGAUAUGGCAAGGAAAGCUUCAGCAGAAGCUGAGGCACAAGCAUUGGCUAAAGGUUUGCAGAUAAUAAAAAAUUCUGACUUGGAAGAAAUACGGGAGCUUGGCUCUGGCACGUAUGGAACAGUUUAUUAUGGAAAAUGGAAGGGAUCAGACGUUGCUAUCAAGCGGAUCAAAGCCAGUUGUUUUGAAGGAAGGCCGUCAGAGCAAGAACGGCUGAUAGCAGACUUCUGGAAAGAGGCUUCUAUUCUAGGUCAACUCCAUCAUCCCAAUGUUAUAUCAUUCUAUGGUGUUGUUCGAGAUGGACCUGGUGCCACCCUAGCAACUGUUACCGAAUAUAUGGUGAAUGGGUCCCUCAAACAAGUCUUACGCAAGAAGGACAGAACCAUUGAUCGACGCAAAAGGUUGAUUUUAGCUAUGGAUGCUGCAUUUGGCAUGGAAUAUUUGCAUGAAAAAAACAUAGUUCACUUUGAUCUGAAGUGUGAGAAUCUUCUGGUUAAUAUGAGAGAUCCACAUCGACCAGUUUGUAAGAUUGGUGAUAUGGGCUUGUCCAAGGUAAAACACCAGACUUUAGUUUCUGGCGGUGUCCGAGGAACAUUGCCAUGGAUGGCACCAGAGCUUCUUAGUGGGCGAAGUGGUGUAAGCGAUAAAAUUGAUGUUUAUUCUUUUGGAAUAGUCAUGUGGGAACUUCUUACUGGAGAUGAGCCUUAUGCAAACAUGCAUUGUGGGUCAAUCAUAGGGGGUAUUAUGAAAAAUACCUUACGGCCACCAGUUCCAGACUGGUGUGAACCUGCUUGGAGAUCAUUGAUGGAAAGGUGUUGGUCAGCAAAUCCAGUAGAAAGACCACCCUUCUCAGAUAUUUCCAGAGAGCUACGGGCAGUCGCUGCAUCGAUGAAUUUAAAAUGAGCAAACCAGCUUUGUUACCAUUUCUUAAUAUCAGUUUCCUUAGUCACAUUUAUCUUAAUGUGCACAAUCUUUUGGGAAAGUUAGUAAUCAAGGCUCACAGAUGGCAAAGAUUUUUAUAUUGAUUGAAGGAAAUGCAGCAGCCUGUCAUGGAAAACAUUUUUGGCUCUAUAAUAUGCUUAUAGAUUUGAUACCCUUUCAUACAUAUUGAAGCUGUAUAUACAUAUUGGUUGUUCUGGGCUGCUUCUAUAUCUGUGCAAUAUAGUACCAUUACAGUAUGAAUAUAUUGCUUGGCUUCAGUUGGUGAGCAGUGGGAAAAUACAUAAAUGUCAACAGCUUGCUGAUUGCAUCUCUAGCCAGCAUUACUUACAAGUUCCUGAUGCCAUUUUGCUUGAUAGCUGCAGUAUAAACUAAAGCCAAGUCCUUAGUCAUCAUUUUCUGAAAAAACAUUCAUACAUUUGCUGGUGUGAUUAUCUGGCACGAUAUGAAAACUCAUAUUUGGCUAUAAAGGAUGGUGGCAGAUGGAAAGAAGCAGCAAUUCAGGGUCAUAAAACAGUACCAACAAAAUUAAUUGCAUGUCAUAUGGAGAUUUAGAAUCCCUAUCUGAAUCUUUGUAUUUUUGGUCUCUAUUGAGGCAUACUUAUGUAUAUCUUUAAGUAUGAGUUUUAAAAGGCAUUUGAUAGCCCAUGUAUUAUAUUCAUAGUAAUGAAAAUAAAAAUAUGUUUAGUAGUAUGUGAAGUGAGACUAUCUGCAGACUGCAUCAACAGACUUAAGAUAUCCUAUCUGAGCAUGCUUCGCUUUAAUAAGUGGGAAAUGCACCAUCAAUCAUGUUUAGCAUCCUUUUAAAUAUUUGACAUAAAUACGCAUUGCAUAGUUUUAUA